GUGCAGCUUCGGUUGCUAAGGAACCACUGAACGCAGGUGCCAUAAAGAUGACGGUGGCAUAGUGAGCAAGCGGGUCAGUCUGGCUGGUUGAGGUGUGGAGGGGACACCACAAAACCAGGCCAGGUUUCUGACUAGUAAAAUUUCCACUGCCGUCAUAAACCUCUGCAUCAUCCAUGUCUAUCCCUGGAUAAGAGCUACAACUAUGGUGACACUUAUCACAGAGCAGCUCCGUAAGCAGAGUCUGGAAGAGCCUUAUCAAAAGGCUUUCUCAUUCAAUGUGAAUGUGUCAUUACCUGCAGUGGGCUCCAGUCCCACUGUCUCGUGGAGUGCUGGUCGAUCAAGACAAGAAACCCGCUCAGUUACACACCCAUCAACCAAAGCCAACUUUCUAGAUGAAGCCUGUGGAAUUGACUCCAUAUGGCUUCCUUCAAACGCUGGAGAACGUCACCAGAGAAUGGAGGUUUCGUCCUUUACAGAAAAGGCUUUACAAAACUCGCCACCGCCCCCACCUCCAAAACGCCACUGUCGGUCCCUCUCCGUUCCAGAAGACCUGUUUCGAUGCCGCUCCACCUGGCAUCCAAGUGCAUCCAAGGUUUGGACCCCAGUCAAACGCGGCUGCCCAAGUGGAGGAGCAUCUAGUUCUGGCUCUGGAGCCAGCUCUUUGCUACUUUGUGGUCCCAGUUCCUCUUCCUCUGUCCACUCAUCUUCUAGCCCUACCUUCUUUAGCUUAGCACUCUCCUCUGACUCCCCACUACCAUGGAGCUUCCCAUGGGACCCCUGUGACACACUGAAAGGAGCCUGCUCUGCCUCCUUUGCUACUCCAUCCUCCUGCUCCUCUUCACCGGCCCCCCUGAUUUCUCACUUAAUGCUGCAGCGCCGCUUCUCCCUCUCCCCUGUGCACAUUCAGGGCACCUCUGUUGUCCUCCUGCCGCCCCAGCCCUCCCCUGCUUCUGCUCUAGCAUAUGGCUGUUCAGGCAGGGAGCACCCAGCCCUGUCUCCGUCUCCCACUUCAGCCUGCAGUACACCAUCCUCCUAUAGGCGUGACCUGCAUCCAGCGCUGCCACGGUGCCACUCGCAGCCCUGUGACAUGCGCAAGCCACGCUUAAAGAGGCGCCAUGACGCGGAUGUUCUCCCCUGCCCCAGGCCAGGCCUUAACUUCAGCAAGAUGACACAGGCAGAGCAGUGCUCAGCCUUCUCCCCUGCAGAGUUCCUGGGACGAGGCAGCAUCGGGCCACUAAGUGAAAGUGAAGAAGAUGAGGAGGAUGAAGAAGAUAAAAGAAAAAGGACCGUAAUAGAUGGAGGACAAAAUAUUGUUUUUGAGAGGGACUGCACAGAACUGGAUUUGAACCUUAUAGAAGAAAACUGACCACUUGUUGGUUCUCCUAGUGUAAUUAGAGCCUCCAUAACCAUGUUAAGCACACCAGUAGGCUUCGCGUGCUUUUUGGGCAGAAUCCUUGGGAACGGGCUGAUUUCAUAAAGCUUUCAUCAAGAGUUUGAACCAAGCAAUUAGCUUCAAUAUCGAAUUACAAUGUAAUGAUUGUAACACUUGAAACUAGUUCACUGUUAAACAUUUCACAAAAAUGCCAGUGCCUGCCUUUUCAACACUCCAUAGGGAAAUGUGCAUGAACAAAUAAGUGAGUUUUCAUGCUUACAGACUUUUGGCUAAUAUUUCAUAUUGAUGAAAGUCUUGAAUUAGCUUUAACUGUUGGUAAGCAUCUUGAUAUCCCUGCAUAUCCUUAUCGAAUAACAUAUAUUGCGUUAAGCACAACAUUCUUCUCAUUUGCUCAUAAAUCACACACUGAAGGCAGAUUGCUUGGGAUUGUAAUUGAGCACUGGUCAAGUCACCAGAUGCUUCUUAAGUGUGUGGCGCUCUGAUUUUGGACAUAAAGUAAAGCAGAACCUAAUUAUACCCUGUGUAAUUAAAAAAAUAAUAUGCAAGUAGCCCAAAUAUAGGAAUUAUGUCCAUAUAUAAAUGCUCUGUGGUAGGUUGAACAGGAUAUAUUCCAAGAUCUUGCUGCAGUCCCUUAAAUCUCUCAUAGACCCUGGGGUAAAAAUCUGCUUUUACUGCUGUUCUGUCAUUGAUUUGUCCUUUUGGAGCGACUCUACAUCAUGGAAGGGAAGGUUUUCUUCUGAUAGGGGAAAGAAUGUCUCCCCCUUUUUUGAGUUUGUUUAGACAUUAGCACAAUGUCAGCAAUCAUACUGAUGAUACUGUAAACUGAACAUUGCCUUAAGCUUUAAACACAGAGUUCCUGGGACUCAGACAUUAUUGCAAACUCCAUUUGCGCUAAUUCAGAUAGUUUUGAAGUGGUGGUACAUGCACUAUAAUCGCCAUUUGAAUAACUGGAUCGAUGCUGCAGCUGGACUUAAACAGGGCACAAUGAGAUGUACUGCACAGUGGCUGGAGUGAGUACACGUCGAGCUAAUUCUGAGUGAAUGUGACAAAGGUGGGAGUGAUGCAAAUGACUUGGUGGCCUUUCAGAAACGAACUUUCUUGUGUUUUCAGAUGGUAAUAUUCCUGUUGCACAAUUUAUGUACAAAUAAACUUUAAUAGAGAAUGAUAUUUUUUUUUUCCGAAAAA